AUGGCACCUGAUUCGCUGCUAUCUGUCAGUUGUAGUGAACUCUACUACCAAUUCCCACAGCAGCAAUAUAACGAGGGUGGGCGUUUGAUAACCAAUGGAAGCUUAUCAAACGGACGCUACAGCUCAUCGCUAUCGGAUAGCUUGAGGCGCGGUGAGCUGCGUUAUAAUCCGAAUGGCGAUAUCCGAGAGGUGCACCAUAGCUCAUCGGCUCGAAAUGGACGCAUUCAUAAAAGUUAUUCUACUCGUUAG